AUGAUCACCGCCGCCGCGGGUUUGGCCCACAGGAGGCCAGCGGCUGCUCGGCGGAGCCGCUGCUGGACCGCGUGGUGCCAGGCGGCUCUGCUCGGCGCGUCGGCUCUGGUGAUCGUGGCGGAGAGGACCGCGCUGUUCUACUGCUUUGGCUUCUACCUGUGGAAUGAGGAGACCCAGUGGGCGGGGCUUACCCUGGGCCUCUUCCUGCCCGGGGUGGCGGUCCAGGCCCUGAGCGCCAAGUGGUACCAUGAUGACGGUGACGACCGGCGGUGCUACCUCUCCGUCAUACAUCUGUUGCACCUGGGCAUCUUCAAGCGCCUGUGGGAGUGCAUCCGCACGGUGCUCUACCUGAAGGGCUCGGUGGGCCAGCUGGGGGCCGCCGUCAUGCAGCAGGCGGACGUCGCCGCGCUCUGGCUGCUGGAGGCCCUGGUGCUCACCCUGCCCCAGAGCCUGCUGCAGGCCUACGUGGUGGUGUCCACUGACGUGGGCAUCAUGUCCCCAGUGGCCUACUGCUGCGGCUUCUGCCUGCUGUCGCUGUCCUGGGCCCUGGUGCUGUACAGCCGGGCGUGCUGCCUGAUUCGGCCGGGCCACCUGGACAUGCCCCCCGCCGCCCUGCUGUGCCAGCUGGUCUGGCGGGCGGGCAUGCUGACCGCCCGGGUCACCAGCCUCAUGGUCUUCGCCCGGGUCUUCAACUGGUGGGUGGUGGGAGUGGCAGGCUUCCACUGGCUCACAGCCUCCUUCUGGCUGGUCUCCCAGCAACCAGACAUCUGCACGGGCCCCUGGUGCUGGAGGGCCUUCAACGCCGUCAUGGGACUGGUACACAUCUUCCUCUUCCUCAACAUCAAGGACGGACCCUCGCGCUACCACGUUUUUGGCUUCUACGCGUUCAUGUUGGUGGAGAACGCCAUGCUCCUGCUGGCUGCCUCUGACGUCCUGAGCGAGGCGUCAUGGGAGAGCAUCACCCUCCCCUUGGCCGUGCUCUGUAGCUUCCUCCUGGGCGCUGCCUCCAUGGUCCUGUACUACCGGCUGCUGCACCCCAAGUCCACGGAGAUCUCCCAGGGCCUGCGCCACAGCCGCCACAUGGGCAGUGCCUGCCUGGAGCCCGGGGAGUCCUUCUUCUCGCUGGGGGACAAGAGUGCACCGCUGCCCUCCAUCCCCAACCACGGCAGCUUCUUCCUGCCCCGGGCCGCUGGGUCCCUGGCCGAGCACCCGGGCCCCUGCGGGGCCAGGCCCAGCAGUGCAUGUCCCUGCUACCAUCACCACUGGCUCCUGAUCCGGCUGGCCCUGAAGACGGGGGACCUGGCCAAGAUCAACCGGGCCUACGGGUCGGGGGGCACGGCCACCAUCAUGGACAUGGAGGAGUACAACCAGGGCUUCAAGAGCAACGAGGGGACCAUCACGGCGGGGGGUGUCAGUGUGGACCAGGUGUCCGCCUCGGACUCGCUGGGCCAGGGGCUGGCGCCGCUGUCGGACUGCAAGGAGGAGUUCCAGAGCGUGAGCGAGCCCACGUCGGAGGAAGAAGAAGAGGAGGAGGAGACGGAGGACAGCAUGAAGACUGAAAGCCCGCUGGACUCUGAGCUGUCGCGCGUUAAGCGCAGCUCGCCCGAGGGGAAAUCCGUGUUUGGGGACAGCCCCGAGCACUACUACUGCCCGACCGAGUCCAGCUCCACCCUGUACUUCAGCGCAGACCCCCAGUCCCCCAGUCGCACCAGUGACCCCCGUCUGGACAGGGAGCAGGCCUCCACGCGCCUGGCCUCCAUCCCCAGUGACCCAGCCCUGAACAGGGGGGCCCAGGGGCCGGCACGGCGGGCGGGUCCGUGCUACACCUCCAGCCCUAAGUUAGACUCAGGGUCCCAGGACACCCCGGCCAUUGUACCCCACCUCACAGGUCCCAGGAGGCAGCUCAUCAUGUCCCGGAGGGACGAGGGGGAGACCUUCUGACCUGUGUCUUCAGAGAGGAAGAGGGUGUGGGGCGGGACGCCUCCACCAGUCAAACCGAUAUACCAGCAAAUAUAUAACAAAUAUAUAUUUGUUAUCAUAUACAAGCUUAUCGUGACACAAGGUUUUUAAACUUAGCAGUACUUUUGGAUA